UGUACUCAUGUAUUCAUGUUGAUGGAUGCACAGAGAGCGUGCCUGGGGCAUGCUGGCCAAUAUGGUCUGCACUGUCUCGAGUAAAUCUGUUAACAUUUUGACAAUGAUGAAGAUGAUUAUAAUAAUGUUGAUGAUGAUGAUGAUGAAGAUGACGAUGAUUACUGUGAUGAGGAUGUGGAAAGUGAUGGUGCUGGAUAGUUAGGAUGAUGGUGGAGAAAAUAAGCGGAUUCCGCGUGCACAGUGGUGAUACAGAGAGGGAAUGAGACGUAGGGCUUAUUGGGAACACCACGGGCAUCUUAGAUGUGAUUAUUUGAGCUGACACAGAAGUCUAGCACUGACUGCGAUCCCGGUGUUAGAGGUUGUGGAUGUAAGGGCGAUGCCAGUGAUCUGCAUCGUUAUAUGCCUUUCCCAAAUGUGGAGGUGCAGGGUGCGCUAUAGCAGAGGACAUAGAGCUAUUAGAGCUGCUUUAGGGGAAGCCGCCAUGCAGCGGUUCAGGUUCAAACAAAUCAGGGCAAUGACAGUCCCCAAAACGUGCCAUGUUUGAGAACGGCUACCUGUUGUAAAAUUUGACUGCAGGGUUUUGCGUCGCAGUAUGAGGCAGGCUAAUUGCAAAUUUGAUAUCAUGAUUAAAAAAAGACUAGAGAAUAAUUGGUGGGACAACCCAAAUUAACAAUUUAAUUUUAAACCAUACAGCUGUGCUGGUUUUCCAUAUCCAUUUUAACGAGUGAUGUAUUGCAGUGGUGACUCAAUUUAUCGUGUGCACAGACACGGUAAAUGGCCAUAAAUUAAACCAAUCUAAGGCGGUGAAUUUGUAUUCAGUUUUGUUAUUGUUCUUAAUUAAGGUGCUGAUAUGUGAAAUGGAGCCAACCGUCUUUGAGCACACGGACCCUCCCCCGCUGCUCUGCACCGACACCAUCACAUUGAGCACUGGAGGUAGAAAGAGAGACACGGAGACAUUGAUGGGGACGCGGGGGAGGUUGCACCAGUGGGGAAGGAGAAGAGGAGAAAGAGAGAGAGAGAGAGGGAGAGCAUUGCGCGCGAGAGCGAGAUACGCAGCACCAGUGGCAGGGAAACACACCCGUCAGCCGCGCGCUGAGGGGGGAAAAAAUACAUCACGGACAAAGACAACAUGGAUGCGUUGGAGAAGUAUCCAUUCAAACAGAUAACGGAAUGGAUGUGCCGUUCCUCCUGCACUUAACGGGGAACCAAUUAUCUUAUUUUAAUGCGGUGGUGGGAGGAGAGGUACUGCAAGCUAAAAAGGCGGAAAGCUGUAUUUAAUUCGUCUGCGGAUCCCAUGAGCUUGCAAUGGCUGUUACGAGGAUAUGUAACUGUAUAGGAAACAAUGUGGCUCUUUCUUUUGUUGUAUUUUUCUUAUUUUGUGGCCUUUCACUUGGACAACUACGGUACUCCAUUCCUGAGGAAUUAGAAAAUGGAGCGGCGGUCGGGGAUCUUGUGCAGGAUUUGGGGUUGGAUAUCCGAAAGCUCUCAAAUCGAAAGAUAAAGGUAACCUCCACCACUGGAAAACGGUAUGUGGAUGUCAAUCCCAAAAAUGGAAAAUUAAUUGUCACUGAAAGAAUCGACAGAGAGACGUUGUGUGAUUUAAGCAGCACCUGUCUUAUAAGUUUAGAGGUGCUUGUUGACAACCCAUCCGAGGUGCACAAUGUUGAGGUGGAGAUUGUGGAUGCUAAUGACAAUGCGCCGAUGUUCCCUAGAGAUGAGUAUCAAUUGGAAAUGACAGAAUCGGCUUUACCAGGGUCUCGUUUCCCCAUUGAGAAUGCCCUGGAUCCGGACGUGGGAUCCAACUCCAUUCGUCUAUAUCGUCUCAGCCCAAACGAACACUUCGCGCUGGAUUCCAACAAACCCUCCAUCAACAGCAAGCACAUUGAGCUCGUGCUUAAAAAGCCCCUUGACCGCGAGCUGGCGCCUUACCACCAAUUAAUUCUGACUGCUGCUGAUGGCGGAACACAAGCAAAAACCGGUUCAGCUAAAAUUAAUGUGCGAGUCCUGGACACCAAUGACAAUGUCCCUGUAUUUGACAGCUCAGUGUACAAAGUAACAUUGUUAGAAAACUCACCAAAAGACACACUGGUCAUCAAAUUGAAUGCCACAGACCUUGACGAGGGUACCAAUGGUGAUGUGUAUUAUUCUUUCAGCAGCUACACAUCUGAGAGAGUCAGACAGAUGUUCAGCAUGGACAGCAACACGGGAGAGAUCAGAGUGAGGAGCAAUGUGGACUAUGAAGAGACCAAUUCUUAUGAGAUGUAUAUCCAGGCCAUGGAUAAAGGCCCUGGUGCUGUGGCAGCCCACUGUAAGGUGGUGGUGGAGGUGGUGGAUGUGAAUGACAACGUCCCAGAGAUAGUCCUGUCUUCUCUCUCCAGCCCAGUGAGGGAGGAUGCCCGGGCUGACACCGUGGUGGCCCUGAUCAGUGUCACAGACCGGGACUCUGGUGCUAACAAACAGGUGAGCCUAGAAAUACCCCUGGGCCUCCCCUUCAAGAUCAAGUCCUUUAGAAACUACUACACCCUGGUCACCUCCGCCUUCCUGGACCGUGAAACCACCGCUGCCUACAAUGUCACUCUCAGCGCCACUGACGCCGGCACCCCACCCCUCUCCUCCCAAAAGACCAUACAGGUGGAUGUGGCUGAUGUGAAUGACAACCCGCCACGCUUCGAGCAGACCUCCUACACGGUCUAUGCGACGGAGAACAACGCCCCCGGGGCCUCGCUGUGCACUGUGAAGGCCCAGGACUCAGAUGCCAAUGAGAACGGACGCAUCACCUACACUGUCCUCAAUGACAACAACCACGGGAUCCCUGUCACCUCUUACGUCUCUGUGAAGGCCGAAACGGGAGAGGCCUACGCCCUGCGCGCCUUUGACUAUGAGUCACUCAGGGAGUUCCACUUCCAGGUCAAAGCUCAGGACGGGGGCAUUCCGCCCCUCAGCCGGGUGGCCACUGUCUACAUCUAUAUCAUGGACCAGAACGACCACGUGCCUGAGAUCGUCAAUCCCCCAGGCAAUGGUACGCGCUCCACAGAGACAGUCCUGAAGAACGCUGAGGCUGGCGCCCUGGUGACCAAGGUGGUGGCGUACGACGCAGAUGCAGGUCCCAAUGCCUGGCUGAUCUAUGUGUUGGAUCAGUGCACAGACUUGGAACUGUUCAAGGUGCAUGAACACACGGGGGAGAUCCGCACCACACGCAGGGUCUUGGAGGACAACUCCACCUCCUUCAGCAUGACGGUGCUGGUGAGGGACCACGGCCAGCCGCCUCUCUCCUCCACUGCCACUGUCAAUGUGGCUGUCAUGGAGGUGCCACCCAAGGUGACCCCUGACCCCAAGAGGGUCAUCCGGCCCCACAGCACCCUCCUCUUUUCUAAUUUGACCCUCUAUCUGAUCGUGGCUCUGAGCGCCACCACCUUUGUGUUCCUGGUAACUGUGGUGGUGCUGGCCAUCGUGCGCUGCCAUGCCUACUGCACCCAGCCUGGCUCCUGCUCCCCCUGCUGCGUAUCCCAAAAGACCCCCCCUGAUGGCGGGAGCAGCAGUAUAGUAGGUGGUGGUGGGGGACAACCCAAUAACAAUGUGGCGCUGCGGAGAGACCUCAAGGUGGAGCCUCACUACAUUGAGGUGCGUGGGAAUGGCUCUAUGACCAAGACCUACUGCUACAAGACCUGUCUGACGGCCACCUCAGGCAGCGACACCUUCAUGUUCUACAACACAGGCCGGCCCAUUAGUGGCACCUGGGGUUCUGAGCGCUUCUUCACAGGAGGUAGUGGGUUUGUACGGAGACUAAGCAUGCCCGACGCUUCACUGCAAGUCUGCCCAGAGCCGAAGGCCCCAAAUGCUGACUGGCAAUACUCCACUUCUCUGAGGACAGGGAUGCAGAGCUCGGUCCAUAUGGAGGAGUCGUCAGUGAUGCAGGGCGCCCAGGGGAUGCUGGUCCAGAACUGGCCCACAGUGUCCAGUGCUGCAGAUGGUGAGGGGGGUGAGCUGUCCCCUCCGGUUGGAGCUGGCAUCGACAGUAACAGCUGGCACUUCCGUUACGGGCCUGGCCCUGGCUACGGCCCCCCUCAGGUCCUGAAGCCUGGAGACAUUCCCCCUGAAGCCUUCAUCAUCCCCGGCUCCCCCGCCAUCAUCUCAAUCCGCCAGGGCCCGGGAGGAGAGGAUGACAAGAGUGAUUUCAUUUCCUUCGGCAAGAAGGAGGAAGCCAAGAAGAAGAAAAAGAAGAAGAAGGAGAAGAAAGACAAGAAAGACAAGGGGAAGGAGGAUGUGGACGAGUAGAGGAGAAAGGGGAGAUAUGAAAACAGAGCUACCAACUAAAGUCCAAAUAACAGCUGCAAGACAAAAAGCCAAAUGUAUAUUUUCGAAUCAGGAGAGUCUCCAUGUGUUGUGUUUGCAUAGUUAAGUCUGCCCAGCCAAGUCCCCAUUAGCAGAGGCCUAUCUCUGUAAAACAUGUAAGCAGCCAAUAGUAGCCUCUGCCAGAUUGGCCCUCUGAAGCUUCCAUACCUCUGGCUAUAAAACACUAUUUUUAAAUAUAUUUAAUAGGCUCUCAUUUACCAGAUAUUUGCUGAAAAUUCCACAAAAAUCUCUUUGAUUAGAAUAACCUAAAGAUGAUAAUGCAUUCAACUACCGAUACCCAGACAUUUCAUGUAUAAAACCUCACAUACCCUAUUAAUGGUGGUGCUAUAGUCCUGCCAGCCCGCCUCCCCAACCUUGCUUGAAAUGGGACCCUUCUCCCUGGCCCUUCUGGCCCCUUGUUGGCAUCUCUGUCUUUACUCUGCCCCUUGCCUCCUCUGCUCUCCUGAUUGGAGGGGGAGAGGAGGAGCUCAAUCUGACAAAGAGUGACACAGAGGCUCUCAUCUACAGUAAGAUGGAAGCCUUGUGCAAAAAAAAUUAGUCAUUUUUUUCUACAAAAUAUAAAAAAGAAAAAGUGGUGCAAACAAGACACCUGACGUGUAUAUGUACAGUACAGUGAGCUGUGUGUGAUUGGAAUGUGUUGAGAUUAGUGCUGGCCAGGAUUGAAGGCUGGAUUAGGCUGACCGUGUUCUGGAUUAGGCUGCCCGUGGGUUGUUUCAUGCCUGGUACUGUUGGCACUGUUGGCAGCAUAGGGCAGGGGCUAAAGACCUUGCCCCGCCUUCUCAUCUACAACACAAAAUAGGCCAGUGGGACCUUGGACCCACAGUCUGUGCAGCACACAACCACUGUAACACACACACACGAACACAUUAGACAGUCUGGGGGGGAGAUGCACACACCUCUCUGGAUAGUGUACAGCUCUAACUCAGCCAAAAGACUGAGGCCUAUUUCAGUGGCCUCUUUUCUAUGGGAGUGUAAUAUAUGACAGGAACUCUUGCUUGUUGUUUAAUUUCUGUUCAAGCCUGAUUCCCCCCCCCCCCCCCUGCUUCUGUCAGUCAAUGUUCAAUAGUCAAUGUUCAGUAGUUCUUAAAGCCCCGCCCCCUUACCUUGCCCGCUUUGGUGCUAGAAGGAUUCUCUCGCACGCCUCGUCUGUUGACCCUCAACUCCUCCGUCCUCUGAUCACCAUGUUCAGAAGGCCUCUCUCAAAGACACUCUUAACUUCUGAUCACUUGUUCCUCUGCAAACACAGCAACAGAAUGAACCUGUAUAACACACUCACACACUUUCUGUUAGCUUUAACCAAGCCUUGCUACUGAAAUAUCAACGUUCCUAGCACUGUUUUGGGGACAAGUUGCCGUCUCUUCCACCAGUUACACACAGGGUAGUGGGGCAAACAUAAGGAGCUUAGCAGAAAUAUGGACGGGCUUCCUUCUGUCCAGAUGGAGAGAAAAAGAGGGAUGGAAGGACGUAGAGGCAAGGAGAGAGAAGUGGAUUUGUAGUGAUGGGCACUUCAGUCCACAGACAUUCCCUGGAGAGCUUUGUUGCUGUGUUAAACUCUACUCAUAUUUUGUGAUGAAAAGGAAGCAUCAACAGCAUUGAGUCUUCUCCAGAAUAGAGCAUCCCCAGAAUGAACUCAGUAUGUGUGAGGGCUAAUUCCACAGCAUCUCCUACUCACCUCUCUGUUUCCUCUUCCUGGCUGAUAUCUGACCAAUCAGAGGGGACACAGGGAUGAUGCUAGCGCUGCUAUUGGACUGAAUCCCCCCAUAUUAUACACGUGCUCCCCCUUCAGGUGUGAAUCUGUGCUGUCAGAUCACUAAGUGGCUAUUUGCAUGUUAUAAGCAAAGGAAAUAUAUAUAUAUAGAUCUAUAUAGAUAGAUAUGCUUCAUUUCCUUCAACCAUUUAUCACAAAUUCAGAGAUAUGAAUAUCAUCUCUGCUAAAAUAUGUAUACAUACUCACUCUCGAAAACACACAUGAACACAAAUAUACACAUACUAUGUAUUCCUAGACAAGAAUCAGGAAUCCCUUGUUUUUAUUCUGUUGAAGUUCAAUUAAAAUAACCUUCUAAAUAUAAGUAAUGCUGUAGAUAUGCUAUGAAAUGCUAUUUUUGUUCAUGCCCUUAUGAUUUUUGAGGAUUACAAAAUGAGUCCUUAUACCUUGUGUUAAGCUAUGAACUGAUAUCAAAGAAACACUAACGUAAUACUGAAUCAUUUACUCACCAUCGAUAUAUAUCCCAAACACCUUUCAAAAUGUUUUUAUAAUGUUGAGAAAAAAAAACGAACAAAAUUGUCAAAAAAUAAAUAAACUAAUCUUGAUGUACUCUCUGCUUGUGUGAAGUGAAUGUUUCCUGAGUCAUCUGGUGCCUGUAUGGCACUAAGCAGUCGACUGCGACAUUGCAGAUCUGUUAAUAACCUUUUUGUACACCAGCUCAUCAAUGUAAUGGUGAUAUAGUGGUUUGUCUUUUUUAUUAUUUGAUGGAUCUGGUAUCGUGUUUUGUUUAUAAAUCACAAAUAAAAUGUUAUUUCUUAAAUAUUGGGAAAAAA